AUGAUCUCCAGAGAAGCAACUGAGAGAAGAAAGGUACAUGGCUGCUUCCUAGUCCCAUAUUCUGGAGGAAGCAACCCUAGAACUGGGUGAGAGAGCCAGGAAACCGGGCAGCCUUGAGUCCUCUGUUUGCCCGCCCUCCCCUGUGGGGGCCAGGAUGCUGAAGAAGCAGUCUGCAGGGCUUGUGCUGUGGGGCACUAUCCUCUUUGUAGCCUGGAACGCCCUGCUGCUCCUCUUCUUCUGGACAUGCCCAGUGCCUGGCAGGCCGCCCUCGGACAGUGCUUUUGAUGAUGACCCAGCCAGCCUUACCCGGGAGGUGACCCGCCUGGCUCAGGAUGCUGAGGUGGAGUUGGAACGUCAGCGGUGGCUAUUGCAGCAGAUCAGGGAGCACCAUGCUUUAUGGAGCCAGCAGUGGAGGGUGCCCACUGUGGCACCUCCUGCCCGGUCUCAUGUGCCUGUGACCCCACCGCCAGAUGUGAUCCCCAUCCUGGUCAUUGCCUGUGACCGCAGCACUGUCCAACGCUGUUUGGACAAGCUGCUGUAUUAUCAACCCUCAGCUGAGCACUUCCCUAUCAUUGUCAGCCAGGACUGUGGGCAUGAGGAGACAGCCCAGGUCAUUGCUUCUUAUGGCAGUGCAGUCACGCACAUCCGACAGCCUGACCUAAGCAACAUUGCUGUGCAACCGGACCACCGCAAGUUCCAGGGCUACUAUAAGAUCGCCAGGCACUACCGCUGGGCGCUGGGACAGAUAUUCCAUGAGUUCAAGUUCCCAGCAGCUGUGGUGGUGGAGGAUGAUCUAGAGGUGGCACCAGACUUCUUUGAGUACUUCCAGGCCACUUAUCCACUGCUGAGGGAUGAACCCUCUCUCUGGUGUGUAUCUGCUUGGAAUGACAACGGUAAGGAACAGAUGGUGGACUCAAGCAAGCCUGAGCUGCUGUACCGCACAGACUUUUUUCCUGGCCUGGGCUGGCUACUGUUGGCUGAAUUGUGGGAUGAGCUAGAGCCCAAGUGGCCUAAGGCCUUCUGGGACGACUGGAUGCGCCAGCCUGAGCAACGGAAGGGCCGGGCCUGUGUGCGCCCUGAGAUCUCAAGAACGAUGACCUUUGGCCAUAAGGGUGUGAGCCACGGGCAGUUUUUUGACCAGCAUCUUAAGUUCAUCAAGUUGAACCAGCAGUUUGUGCCCUUCACCCAGCUGGACCUGUCAUACCUGCAGCAGGAGACCUAUGACCAGGUCUAUGACUUUGCCCGUGUCUAUGGCACUCCUCAGCUACAGGUGGAGAAAGUGAGGACCAAUGAUCGGAAGGAGCUGGGUGAGGUGCGAGUGCAGUACACAGGCAGGGACAGUUUCAAGGCCUUCGCCAAGGCUCUAGGUGUCAUGGAUGAUCUCAGGUCAGGUGUUCCCAGGGCUGGCUACAGGGGCAUUGUCACCUUCCAGUUCCGGGGCCACCGUGUCCACCUGGCACCCCCACAGACUUGGGAUGGCUAUGAUCCUAGCUGGAAUUAGCAGCUCUUCCUCUUUGGUUCCUUCCUUGUCAUAUCAUGAGCUGAGAUAGGAUAGCAGUCCCUGGGCUGCAUCAUCCUGUCUGUGUUUUCCUCUUGGGUCCAUUUUAUCCUUUUUUUUUUUUUUU